AUUCAUUGGAGACGUUAAUGAUAUUAACACUGGUAUCAGUGAAUGAAAUGUUAAUUUGCGCUCUAACUUAAUGCAGACAGGUUUCUUCAAUAGUUCGUUUUCUGCAGAUGCGUAUACGGAGAGUACCAAAAGAGCGUAGAUAAGGCAAAAAGAAUUUUUUUACAUCAUUUUUGGUAAAGAUGGCUGGAAUAUAAAAAGUAUUGUAUAUAAAUGAUAUCAGUAUUCCUUCAAGAAAGGAUUUGAUACUUACUUUCUAUUUCUAGCGAUGCUUUCCAAUAAAGCAACGGAUAUAAACGUCAAAGACAACAGUGUCGAAAAUGUCAAAUGUUUCAAACGCCAAUGCAACGAUAAAAAAUGGGGAACAGAUGAUUAUUUCGGACGCUUCGGAAGUAAUGCCCACGAAGAUUGGCAUAUAUGCGUACACAGUUUUGGAGAACAUCACGAACACUAACGAUUCGUCAAUCUCGGCGCAAAUUAAACCCUGUGAAAAAUGGACGAAUGCCCAACAUGCCGUGUUCCAGCUUGCGAACUUGUGUUUUCUUAUAUCGUUGCUGACACCAUAUACAUUUAGAUACCACAGUCUCUUUCUGCGAGUUAUGCUCAAUGUUGGAUAUAUCCUGACUCUUAUCUGGGCUUCAGUGUUUGUGUGUAUGUCGGAUGUUGUUAUUUGGUCAAUUGUGAUUUUAGUCGUCAACUCGGCGCAUAUUGUCUAUUUAACAUACAUAUCCGUUCCGCAUAGGUUUUCAAAAGCAUUAGAACAUGUAUAUUUACGUACGUUCAAACCUUUGAAGGUGACAAGAAAACAAUUUAAAGGACUUGCAGACUUGGGAGGAAUGCAUCUACAAGGAAAGGGAUCAUUUUACGCUCGGCAGAAUCAAACCCCGACUGGUCAUAAACUGUCUGUUUUGCUUAAAGGAAGGUUAAAAGUUUCAUACGGCGAUGUGUACCUACACUCUGUUGAUGCCAACCAUUUCGUUGAUAGCCCUGAAUAUGACAAUUUCAACGAAACAUACAGAGAUGGAAAGUACAAGGUCAACAUUAGUGCAACAGAAGACUGUCUGCUAUUUUCAUUUCCACAAGAUCGCCUUAUCAAACACCUGUCAAGUGACCCCCGACUUGAGCACAUAUUUGGCCAAAUCAUCGGGAAGGAUAUCAGUCAAAAGCUAUACGAAAUCCAAGAACGAAUGACAGCGAACCCGAACUACCUACAAAAUUUGAGCACGAGACGUGCUUCUAUGGUUCACGUGAGAAACAGCAUUGUCUCGAGCUCGACGACCAAUCUUGCCAAACUAAACUGCCUUCAAGGGUGCAUUUACGAACAGUCGAGUAACCUCUCAUCCAAUGGGACCUUCGAAUCCACAGUUUGAAAUUUUCGAAUUUACGAGAAUUCGUCAAUUACAGUCCUCACAGUCUGAAUAUCAUCUCUUUCGAUACAAGUCUCUAUCAAUUUUCAUUUUUAACUAAGGUAUGUUACACCUACUAUGAAACAGGUGAAUUCAUUCAAAUAAAAUGAAACCUCGUUUGUGUAACGCGAGAGUGUGGUAUUGUGUUGUGGGAGAAAGUGAAGUGCCCGAAGAACAACCGAAUGGUCGACUUGGUGACCAACAACCAAAAUCACUCUACAGUACACUUACUGUUAAAACCUUGUCGUCCAAAACUGUCAGUGUUGUUUCGAGUCGUCCAGUAUUAGUGAUGUGUUCAUUCCAUUACACUAACUAGAUCAAAAUUUCAUUUUUCACACACUCAUUUUGUACUUCAUUAAUUUAUAUAUUAUUUGUUACCAUAGUUGACAUUAUUUAUAUACAUCAAAGGUGAGGCUUCUUUUACUGUUGUUGUAUAAUUGCGGUUAGAUUUGUACAUUGUAAGAACACUGAAAAUAUUUUACUUCUUUGACACCUAAAUUUUCUACUCGUCAAUGUAAGUAAAGUCUUUGAUAAUAAAGUUGUUUUCAUCUGUGGUUUAUUUAUGAGUAGAGAUAUAAGUGCCUUUUGAAUUUGUAUCGAUUCUGCCAUUUUCAAUAAAUAUUCCCAUUUCU